AUGCGUUGGAACAGUGAGGAGUGUGCGUUUGCCGUAGAAGCGUACUUUUCUAAUGACAAUUCGCUCGCUCCCCCGAUUUGGCCCUUUGCAAUUUUUUUUGUGGGGUUUUUUGAAAUCCCGCGUUUACGCCAACCGUCCAAGAACCCUAGAAGAUCUGAAGGCCAACAUUCGGGAAGAAACGGCCAACAUACCCGUCGCUAUGCUCGAAAGAGUAAUGACAAACGCCAGAAUUCGGUUUACCCAGUGUAUAGACAAUAUGGGGCGUCACCUUUCGGAUAUGAUUUUCAAAACCAUGAGUUGUUAGUGGAAGAGAUGACGAGCAUCAUCAAGCAGGAGGCCAUUCUCUUAAGCUUUGACGGGGACGUGAGAUUUCUGAAUUUCUCCGAAUUUGAUCGGCAAAGGCCUAGUUAUAUAUCUCUGGUGAGAGACCUUCUGGAUCUGCGGCUCUGGCGUAGGUACGGGAAGAAGAAAGGAGCGUUCUAUCGCAGCGCCAUACCUCAUCUCUACGGCCAGGAACCUUGCUGCACAUGAGUACAACGACAGGUCUCCGUUGGUCUGAAUACAUAUGCGAGCUUUCGCCAACCGCGGAAUUUUAUGCAGCGCGAUAGUUUCACGGGCGAACGGGUGCUUUAUUAAUUCACGUCCGGAUGUUAUCGCGACCGAAAAUCGCAAGUAUUUUUCUAGAAAAAAUAUAACAAGCAUUACUGGUUUUGUUUCGUUCAAGCGGCCAUCAUGAGUAACGCGAAUGCUUGCGCGAAGAAAAGAAAAUGCCUGGACACGUGUCUUGUACUGAACACUCUCAUUAUUUUGGCCUUUCAAUACGAAUAUUUAAAUUUUCAACAUGGAGUACAUGUAUAUAUUCGAUAUAUGUGUGUAUAUAUAUUUCAUGUUGAAAGUUUAAAUAUUUAUAUUAACACGUUCCGUGUCAGACUAAUUUUACAUGACUUCUCGUGGACCGGUGACUCACGUUGUCCUGUUAUGUGUAUAUGUGUGCGUGUAUCAAAUUUUAUUUGUAUAAUAACAUGUACAGUAAGUUAUAUCCAGACUAGUUAGAUAUUCUGGCUUCUAAACAAAAGGUCUGUUCGUUUUCGCUGCGCCGCUGAACUAGUGCAAUAAGUUGAAGUGAGAAAACAUACUUGUCU